UAAUUGCUCUCUCUCCGCGGCGUUCUCUUACCUUCACCGCAAGUGAACCAUUGUUUAUUUAUUUUUGCAAAUAUAGGCAAUCAUUUCAGCGGCAAAAAAAAAAAACACAAGCGAGUUGAAAACGUUAAUUAGUGAGCCCAAUGGCAACGCAUCGCAAGAGGCAUUAUAAUUAAACGUUUAGCUGCUGUUUAACAUCCUAAUGGCUUAAAAAGUCCACUGAGAAUUAAUAUUAAGCGAUAUAGUCUCACUAAUGAUGACAAUUUAAAAUACAUAAUUGCUGAUUGGAAACAUAAAGCAACACUGAACAGCGUGGAAACAUUUAAUAAUUUGUCUCACAUGGUCCCCAAACUUUCAUGUCAGGCUUAUUUCACACAUUUUAACAGGCUACUGUCGUGCAUGUGCAAUAACGUAAUAAUGGGCCUAAUAAUAAUAAUUUCGUUUAUCAUUAUUGAUAGAAUAACAGAUUAGGCCUCGCACCGCUGGAAUUGUUUUAUCAUAUGUAGCCUAUACUUUUUACGUUUUAUUAUUUUAUUUGUUAUUUCUAUUUGUUUUGUUUUUUUUGUUUUUUUUGCGGUGAAAUUCCGUUUCAAAUUAAAAGCGACAACGUGGAUGGUAUAGAAACACGCCAGAAACUUCUGUACAAAUGUACCAGGCCUAAAGCCAACUGUGUGCAACUGGGGUUCAAGCUCACUUGAGCUUCCUCUAAAGCUCCUUGUCGUUGCUGCUCCUCUCGGCAUCCCCAGCUGCUCCGCUUCUUCUUCUUUUUUUUCCUUUUCUCUCCGUGUCAUCGUCGUAGCUUAUUUUCCCCCAGAUCACAGAGAUAUACUGAGGAAGGACUCCUCAUCCAUGUGCUUCCCUCUCUCUUGUCAUUUUCAGAUUUUUUUUAAGCCACACCCCUGCAGAGAGAGAGCGAGAGAGAGAGAGAGAGAGAGAGAGAGAGAUCCAUGACCAUCUCCCCGGUGUUUAAAAAACUAACUCAGGACAAUAGCAGCGAAUGAGCGCUUAAUUAAAUUAAUUAGUCCUUCUUGUCAAUCUCGGAUUAAUGGCCAAUAGCGACCGUGCUGCUUAAUGUUUUUUUUUACUCCUCUUCUCUCUCUCUCUCUCUCUCUCUCUCUCUCUCUCUCCAUAUCAGUGAAGGGGAAGGGGGGCUCAUCCCGGCAUCCUGAGGGGAGGUAAUUUGCACGGAUCAAGGGGGCAAGGCGCCGCAAAGUAUAAAUACUGUGACUUCAAUAGAGGAUCACCAGCAGGUUCCCAACUCCGCUACCAAAGGAGGAGGAAUUGGCUGAGAAGAUAUAUUCUUUAUAUAUUUUUUACCUUCUUCCAGAGUUGGCAGCAUCAUCUCGUAUCAUUUUCAAGGGGUCGACUUUAAAACGAGCCACACCAUUGAUGUCUUAAGCUGUUGUGGCGCAAAGGGAGAGAGUGCGUGAGUGAGUGUGUGUGUGAGAUUGGCUUUUUUUUUUUUUUUUUUAAAGAGGAGAGAAGGCAGGGAUGGAAGAGCUCACCGCUUUCGUGUCUAAGUCUUUCGAUCAGAAAGUGAAGGAGAAGAAGGAAGUGAUAACUUACAGGGAGGUGUUGGAGACCGGGUCGACGAGAGCAGGGAGCAGGGAGUCUUUAUCCGGGGAGCCGGGGAGCCGAGAGGAGGCGGCAGCCGUCACCCGGAACGUUGCGCUCUCGCCGGGCAGGGAAACGGACAUGCUCGGCCCGGAAAGAAUCAGGGACGCCGGGAGCCCCAAACUCAUUGACGGCAACACGGACGUGAAAGAAAGGAAAGAGGACUCGAAGCCUAUAGAGGACGAGGCGCAGACUAAAAUCAAACAGAGGAGAAGUCGGACUAACUUCACAUUAGAGCAGCUCAACGAGUUGGAGCGGCUCUUCGACGAGACCCACUACCCGGACGCCUUCAUGCGGGAGGAGCUUAGCCAGCGACUGGGACUGUCGGAGGCCCGCGUGCAGGUUUGGUUCCAGAAUAGAAGAGCCAAAUGCAGAAAGCAGGAGAACCAGUUACAUAAGGGAGUCCUGAUUGGAGCAGCGAAUCAGUUUGAAGCUUGUCGUGUAGCGCCAUAUGUCAACGUGGGGGCUUUACGGAUGCCAUUCCAACAGGUGCAGGCGCAACUGCAGCUGGACAGCGCCGUGGCCCACGCGCAGCACCACCUGCACUCUCACCUGGCAGCGCACGCGCCCUACAUGAUGUUCCCCGCGCCGCCGUUCGGGCUGCCGCUGGCGACGCUCGCGGCCGAGUCUGCCUCCGCCGCCUCCGUUGUGGCCGCCGCCGCCGCCGCCAAGAACACCAGCAAGAACUCCAGCAUCGCCGACCUGAGACUGAAGGCCAAAAAGCACGCGGCCGCGCUGGGACUGUGACGCCAGGUAGACUGGACCAGGCGCACUAUCCGCCAUGUCCUCGCGACUGAGAGACACUGAACAUAAACGCUUACAAAGUGAAAAAAAUCCAAGGACAAAGUGAGAAAAAAUGAUCCAAGGACGAUAUUUAUGCUUUUUUUUAAAUGAAGGACGACGAGUAUAACUAUAAAAAUAUAGGCUAUUUAUGAGAUAAAGAAAAGACAAUGAAAAAAAGAGACUGUGACGUGAUAGCCUACGCAGACGUGAUGUUUGGACGCCAAAAAAAAAGAAAAAGUGGCGGAUGGGACGGACAGCAAGGCUACGCGGGGUCUCUGCAGCCACAUGGCUGAGGAGGAGGAGGAGGAGGAGGAUGCAGCUGGGACGGUCGAUACUUUGUCAAACAAGGCGAACCAUUCUGCAGUUGUUUUGUUCUGUUUUAAUAUUAUAUUAUUAUUGUUAUAAUUUCGUUUUGAACAUAUAUAGAGGCUGGCCUCGUUACAAAACACUUUCUCUGUAAAAGGACAGAGCGGGAAUUCUUUGACAAAACAGAGACAAUAUUCGAAGUGUUUCUCCCUCUUCUGUUUUCUUGUCCAAAACUCUAAAUGCCCAAGCAGUGUUUGCAUGAGUUUGUCUUCACGGAUGACGUGAUGUGAGCCAUCUCUCCCCCCUCUUUCUCACUCUCUUCUCCCCUCUCUUCCUCUUUCCUCCCCUCUCCGAGGAAGGGCAACUCUCACUUGAAUAUUUGGCCUGUUUGACCUUGUUUGGAACUCCUCUGGUAAAGGUGAAACUAGGCGACACACCAGAAAUGUGAGAUUAUAAUAUAUGUGUAGGCUAUGCUGAACUUUUUGUCAGGAUAACCCGAUCUAGUGUCCAUAUAAGGUGGUGAUUUGUCCCCCUUUUAAAAGGAGAGCAUUAUGUCAUAAAUGCCAUCUUUAACACAGUGAACAAACGAACAAAUGACACGAGGAACCGGUACGGGCACGUGUAAAAUAUGUUUAUACACAAGAAACAUGCAUUCUUUUUUUUAUUAUUAUUUAGUGGCUUUAUGAAUGCCUUGUGGGGAAUUUGUUCAUUUUGUAUUUUACUUUAUUUCCGUGUAUUAAAAAAUCAUGUGCUUUCUGUAUGUAAUUUUGAUGUUUUUAUAACAGUGAAAGUGAACUUACCUGAGGCACGGGUUUCUAAAAAAAAAGAAGCAGAUUAUUCAUGAAAGUGUUUUACUUUUUCCAACACAUGUGAAACGUGAAUCCACCUAAACAAAAUGUUUUUCGUUCCUACAAUAAAUUAACUAAAGUUUC